GAGCAGGAAGUGUUUGAGGAAGUGGCGCUCGGCUGGUGGGUUUGAGAUUCCCGCACUUUCAUGUCGUCGGGGUGGCGUCCGCGCCCCCGCCCGCGCCCCGCCGCCAGAGUUAGCACGACAUCAGUAUGAGCUGGUCGCCUUCCCUGCCAACCCAGACAUGUGGGGCCUGGGAAAUGAAAGAGCGGCUGGGGACAGGGGGAUUCGGGAACGUCAUCCGGUGGCACAAUCAGGAAACGGGCGAGCAGAUUGCUAUCAAGCAGUGCCGGCAGGAGCUGAGUCCCCGGAACCGGGAGCGCUGGUGCCUGGAGAUUCAGAUCAUGAGGAGGCUGAACCACCCCAACGUGGUGGCCGCCCGGGACGUCCCCGAGGGCAUGCAGAGCCUGGCUCCCAACGACCUGCCCCUGCUGGCCAUGGAGUACUGCCAGGGAGGGGACCUGCGCAAGUACCUGAACCAGUUUGAGAACUGCUGCGGCCUGCGGGAAGGAGCCAUCCUCACCUUGCUGAGCGACAUCGCCUCUGCGCUUAGAUACCUUCACGAAAACAGAAUCAUCCACCGGGAUCUAAAGCCAGAAAACAUCGUCCUGCAGCAGGGGGAGCAGAGAUUAAUACACAAAAUUAUUGACCUAGGAUAUGCCAAGGAGCUGGACCAGGGAAGUCUCUGUACUUCCUUUGUGGGGACCCUGCAGUACCUGGCCCCCGAGCUGCUGGAGCAGCAGAAGUACACGGUGACGGUGGACUACUGGAGCUUCGGCACCUUGGCCUUCGAGUGCAUCACAGGCUUCCGGCCCUUCCUGCCCAACUGGCAGCCCGUGCAGUGGCACUCCAAAGUCCGGCAGAAGAGUGAGACGGACAUCGUGGUGAGUGAGGACCUGAACGGGGCCGUGAAGUUCUCCAGCUCGUUACCCCACCCCAACAACCUCAACAGCGUCCUGGCGCAGAGGCUGGAGAAGUGGCUGCAGCUGAUGCUGACGUGGCAGCCCCGACAGAGGGGCACCGACCCCGCCUACGGGCCCAACGGCUGCUUCAAGGCCCUGGACGACAUCUUAAACUUGAAGCUGGUUCAUAUCUUGAACAUGGUCACAGGCACCAUUCACACCUACCCCGUGACAGAGGACGAGAGCCUGCAGAGCUUGAAGGCCCGGAUCCGGCAGGACACAGGCAUCCCCGAGGAGGACCAGGAGCUGCUGCAGGAGGCGGGUCUGGCCUUGAUCCCUGACAAGCCCGCAGCUCAGUGCAUCUCGGACGGCAAGCUGAAUGAGGGCCGCACCCUGGACAUGGAUCUCGUUUUCCUCUUUGACAACAGCAGGGUUGCCUACGAGACGCAGAUCUCCCCACGGCCCCAGCCCGAAAGCGUCAGCUGUAUCCUGCAAGAGCCCAAGAGGAACCUCCCGUUCUUCCAGCUGAGGAAGGUGUGGGGCCAGGUGUGGCACAGCAUCCAGGCGCUGAAGGAGGACUGCAGCCGCCUGCAGCAGGGCCAGCGUGCGGCCAUGAUGAAUCUGCUCCGGAACAACAGCUGCCUGUCCAAGAUGAAGAACUCCAUGGCCUCCAUGUCUCAGCAGCUCAAGGCCAAGCUGGACUUCUUUAAAACCAGCAUCCAGAUUGACCUGGAGAAGUACAGGGAGCAGAAGGAGUUUGGAAUCACAUCAGACAAGCUGCUGCUGGCCUGGAAGGAGAUGGAGCAGGUCGUGGAGCUCUGCGGGCGGGAGAACGAGGUGAAGCACCUGGUGGAGAGGAUGAUGGCGCUGCAGACCGACAUCGUGGACCUGCAGCGCAGCCCCAUGGGCCGGAAGCAGGGCGGGACGCUGGACGACCUAGAAGAGCAGGCGCGGGAGCUUUACCGGAGGCUGAGGGAGAAGCCCCGAGACCAGCGGACCGAUGGUGACAGCCAGGAGAUGGUUCGGCUGCUCCUGCAGGCCAUCCAAGGCUUUGAGAAGAAAGUGCGAGUCAUCUAUACGCAGCUCAGUAAGACAGUGGUCUGCAAGCAGAAGGCUCUGGAGCUGCUGCCCAAGGUGGAGGAGGUGGUGAGCUUGAUGAGCGAGGAUGAGAAGACGGUGGUUCGGCUGCAGGAGAAGCGGCAGAAGGAGCUCUGGAACCUUCUGAAGAUCGCUUGUAGCAAGGUCCGCGGCCCCGUCAGCGGAAGCCCGGACAGCGUGAACACGUCCCGCCUGAGUCACCCAGGCCAGCUGAUCUCGCAGCCUUGCCCGGCCCCCGACAGCUUACCCGAGGCCGCCAAGAAGAGUGAAGACCUCGUGGCUGAAGCACACACGCUAUGCACCCAGCUGGAAAACGCCCUGCAGGACACCAUGAAGGAGCAGGACCAGAGCUUAAGGGUAAUGGCCCGUGGGAACCCCCGCUGCUCCACGUCCUUUCUUUCCACAGCAAAUGAGAAAAAGCAGGGUGAAAGGCGAUGCGGUGCUUUCUCCGUCUCAGCACAGACUUAGGAUUUCCUAGCACGUGUGCCUUACUCGCCAUGGUAAUAGCACUGACGAGCCCGUGCAGGUACUUCGUGUGCGUUUUCUCGCGUCAGCCUCACCGCUGUUGAGAAAGUCCAGCAUCACUGUGAGAAGGCCUCUCUCACACCGCACCUUCUGCGCAAUUGCUGGACGUCUGUGUGUGGGCUGCAGAGCUGGGCUCCGAGGACAGAGCAGGAGCCCACCACCACCCCCCCUGUCAGGGACUCAGAGCUUAGCAGUCGGCAGCCCUCGUUAUAGGGAAGCUGGCCUAAAGAAAAACGAGCCCAGGUGCAGGUACGUUAAGACAAAGCCGAAAUUGCUGAGAGGAUGCUGAGUCAUUCACUCGGAUCUUUAAAUGGCCUCUUCCUGCUGGUAUAGUCACGUGCUAGCAUCUCCGGAACUUCUCAGUUUGGGAAAGAAUCACCUCUUAUUUAUUCAAAUGUCCUUCUCCAGUUUAGGGCUUUCUGUGUCUCUCCUUGCUGCUCCUCCUCCUCCGGGCCCUGUAGACUUUGAUCUUUUCACUACCUGUUUGCACUUCUGCCAGAGGAAAGGAAAGUCUGACCAGCCCAUUUCACCUGGUGAGGUUGGAGGUGGAGAGCUGAGAAUAGCCCUGGGUACCAGCUGCCCACACGAGUGUGAGUCAGUGCUGUGAGCUGUGGUAAUGAAACUUAAAUCGCCUUGCCGGAAUCUCAGGGGCUCCAGGCCCAUCCGAAGAAAAGCUCCUGCACAGUUUUGAAGACAUAGCUCUAGCUCAAGGGUACCCUGCAAAAACAAGACUGUCUUUUUUUUUUUUUUAAUAAAUUUAUUUAUUUUUAUUUUUAUUUAUUGGCUGUAUUGGGUCUUUGUUGCUGUGCGCAUGGGCUUUCUGUAGUUGUGGAGAGCAGGGGCUACUCUUCCUUGUGGUGUGUGGGCUUCUCAUUGUGGUGGCUUCUCUUGUUGCGGAGCUCAGGCUCUAGGUGCAUGGGCUUCACUCAUUGUGGCACAUGGGCUCAGUAGUUGUGGCUCGAGGGCUCCAGAGCGCAGGCUCAGUAGUUGUGGCGCAUGGGCUUCGUUGCUCCACAGCAUGUGGGAUCUUCCCGGACCGGGGCUCGAGCCCGUGUCCCCUGCGUUGGCAGGCAGAUUCUUAACCGCUGCACCACGAGGGAAGCCCACAAGACGGUCUUAAUGAGAGGAUCUUAAUUUCCGUCUAAAUUGUGCUUGUUGCCUCCCAAAGAAGAAAACCAGGUGUAUGGG